AAAUUAUAAACCCAAACGAUAAUAACGAUCCUAAAAAUCCAAUGAAGAAAUUGUGGGUCGCUGCCGCAGGGAGUCACUUUUCAGAAAUCCAUAGGGAUUCCCUUAUUUAUGACUUUUGGUUACUGAUAAAAUUGUAGACUUAUGAAAUCGGAGGGAGGUCGUAAACGGGAUCCGAGCAUCAGAGCUCGAGAAGAAUCCAUGGUGGCCAUAUCCCUUUACAGAGGGAACCUCCACCGGGUCCCGGAUGUUCCUCGUCGAUGGCUUAUGCCAACCCACAACAUCUCUAUCAGAGACUUCAAAUCCCUUUUGCAGCGUCGUUCCAAAGCCCUCUCUCGCAUCCUCGCGCCCUCCUCUCCUGCUCCCGCUAAAGUCUCCACCUCCACUAACCCUAAUCGUAAUUCGAAUUCUGUUGUUAAACCAGACAGUGAAGGACCCAGAAGUAAUGGGUCUGCGCCUGAGGCUCCGCUGGAAAUUGAAAGAGUCGGUGUUGGUGGUGAAAGAUCUUCUGGGGAUUCAAAGGAGAGAAAGAAGUCGGACAUUGGUGAUGAUUGUACGGGAAAAUCGGCUGAUGGGUUUCAUUCUGUGAAUGGCUCGAGGCCUUGUUUUACUGAGAAAGGUUUUGAUCCAGUGGAGAAUGGUGGGACGCAUGCAAAAGAUGAAAAUCCUGCUGUAUUAGAAAACCCUAAUAAGGAGGCAAACAAGGAGGAGGAUUUGUUGGAUGGCAAGGAGAAUAGGAAAAAGGAAGUUGAGGAGAAGUUAAAAGUUUUGAAUGAAAAAAAACAUAAUCUUGUGCAAGUGCUAAAACAGAUUUUGCAUGUAGAAGAGGAGUUAGAAAGGCGAAGUAGUGUGCUAGGGACAGCAAUUCGCCCUUCUGCUCCCCUUCAAGUUGACGCCUCAGCUGAUACUGGGUCAAUGACCAGGCAACUUGCUCCUAGGAUUGGCUCGGAAGUGAAUGCUAGUGGAGAUACUGAAGGUGGAGAGGCUGAUGAUCUGUUGAACCAUAAUGUUCAUUCUCGCCAGAUGCUUCGGACUAGCAGUAUGUCACCAUCCUCAGAGUCUCCUCUUAGAAGGCCUUCCCACGUCCAACCCAAUGUGGGUUCACACCCAUCUCGAGCAAAUUUUGGCAUUACCGGGAGUCCAUCAUGCCUUCCUCCGACCGGGCAAUCUGGGCAUCCUCCAACUGUGCCCACGGUAUCUGUAUCUGGAACCAACUACAUUGCAUCCUCACCUUCUCCUGCAGCAUCUGGGGGCACUUCGGUUCUCAGAGAUGCUCGGCAACCUAGCCCAUGGAAUUAGAGGUCAUCCCUGAAAUUAGCAUUGACUAGAUCCUUUUGAUUCUCGACUUCCUGGUUCAGCGGAGCAAAGUGAGGUCUAAGACUAGUUUCAUGAUGUAUAGCUAUACUCCUGUGAAAAUUAGGUUCGAUGAUGCACCCAGCAGCAUAUUGGCGUUUGGGAUAACUCUUAACAUCAUCCUACCAAUGCUUCUUUUUUUCUUUUGUUCAGUGUAGCACUAGUGUAAAACUGGAAAUAUGAUAUAAGAGUUGACGUUGUAUACAUGAGGAAUUUCAAUGGGAUUGAAUGUCCUUAGUCUGAACCAUACUUUGUUGACUUCAUGUUACAGUUUAGAUUGAAGCUUAGCCAUUUCUUUAAGAUU